UUCCAGCAAGAAAAGAAAUCAUGUUCCUUCUCUGGCCUCUGCUGUUUCUUCAUGUUUCAGCUCAAAGUCGGACCCUGUUUGAUGACAGACAGAAUCAGCCAACAAAGGAGGGCAGCGUGAGACUUGUGGGAGCUCUGGCUUCAUCUGGUCGUGUGGAGGUCUAUCAUGACGGACAGUGGGGCUCAGUUUGUGAUGACGGAUGGGAUCUGGUUGAAGCGCAAGUGGUGUGUCGUCAGAUGGGUUUUCCUGGAGCCAUAUCAGCCAUACCAGGAGGGACUUAUGGAGAAGGUUCUGGUCCAAUCUGGCUGGAUGACAUGAAGUGUAAAGGCUCUGAGAGCUCAUUGUCUGAUUGCAGCUUCAAGGGCUGGGCUGUUACUGACUGCACACAUAAAGAGGAUGCAGGAGUCGUCUGUGAGGCUGGUAAAUACAUAACCAGCAAUCGUCAGUACUCUGUGGAUAACAGUCUGGGUUUGUCUGAUGAUCUCGGUCUUCUGUUUGACCGUGGAGACGGUUGUGAUUUCAGCAUUAAAGUACAAGACCUCAGUGAAGAGGCAGAAUUGACAUUUUGUGUGCACCGUUUGAUCCUCAUGAUUUAUCCAGAACUAAACUUAACAAACGAGUCCAGAAACCUCAGUGUGAAUGUCAGCCAGACGUGCCAUUCUCAUGUUUCAGCUUUUCUCAGGUAUUUCUACACACGUCAGAUUGAGGUUUCCAUCACAUCGGCUCAAUGUGUCCAUCAGCUUGCAUUUAUCUUUGGAGUGAAGAAGCUUAUGGAGGAUGUCGGCAGGGUCUUCACUUUACUCAUUCCCCAAGACACCACCUUCCAGACCCAGGUAUCAAUGUACGAGUACGCCGUCCGCACAGGCGACUUUGUUCUGCAGGAAAACGUCCUUCAGUAUCUCUCCUGGAACGGUGAGUUUCUCUUAAGCUCUCCAGUGUGGAGCAGCGUCUCCUUUCACAUGAUGGACGCUCUGCUGCAACGCUCAGACCUGAUUGUGAAGGAUGAAGCUUUGCUUCUUAAAGCUCUGGAGAGAUGGAUCCAAGACAAAGGUGAUGAAAUUAACUCAGAGCAACAAGUCAGCCUCCUGAAUCACAUUCGCUUCCUUUUGAUUCCAGUGGAUGAACUCUAUGAAAUACAGUUUUCCUCAAGCGCUCUCCAUCAGAAUCAUGAGAAACUGUACCUAACUGGUCUGCUCAAAGGUUUUCAGUUCAAUGCUCUGCCAUUCUCUAAGUUUAGGAAUAAAAUGGAUAACAUGAAUGAGUAUCUACCCAGAAUCUAUACUAGAGAUGAGUGGAGUGUAUUAAUCAAUGUUACUACCUUAAAGUACCCAAACCAUGGCCAAUAUAACAGAAUUAAAACCUUUUCCACUCCUGCACACACUAGUGCUCUUUACAGAGAGCAGAAGGUGCAGUGGAGAGCUCAGGUUUUUCUCAAUGCUCAGGAAUGCUCUAACAAUGGUAUUUCAUGUCGUUCUUUUCCUGUCGCAAGGUUCCUCGCUGUUGGCAAUCAGAACAGGUACGCUAACAGCAUUCGCUUCAGCAAUAGGUUGAUUCUUAGCUGUAAAAAUGAAAACAAUGUAUUUCAUGUCCAAGACUUUAAAACUGACAUGGCAGUGAUUUCAGCGAACGGCAGCAUGAGCAUGCCUAACCCCUGUCCUGAUGACUACAGUUUUAUAUUUGUAGUGCGUCCUGAGUUUAUCUGAUGGCACAGAGUUUCAUUUGGCUUCAGGUAGUUUACAGCCAUUUCAGUUUAAGCCAAUCUAUUACAUUCAAUUAAGUCUAUUUCUACAAGUCAUGUUAUUCAUUCUUGAGUAAUUUCCCACUCAUUUACCUAUUUUAGCCAUAAAAAUGGUUAAUUUUGAAAGUGCAUUUCAAAAAUAUAUAUAUUUUUCCUUUGCUCUAAAUGUUUGGAUGAUAAAGAUACAUUAUAUCAUUGCUUUUUGAAAUGUUCAAAAUACAAAACUUUUGGAAAAAGGUUUUUAAAUGUAUGACGGACAUGUCCAAUACUAAAAUUCCUUUCUUGAUUGAUUUCUCUCUGAGUGAUUUUGAACUGUUUAAUAACCUUAUCCAUAAAAAUGCUUCAUUUUGAA